AUGAUUCAUCGGUUCGUGGUGGAAACAGAGAGCCGUGACUUAGACAGGAAGCCGCGCCACACACCCGUGGAACCACCACCUCGCCCCAGAGACUGUAGAAAAUAUAUUAACUAUUGCUUCAACACCAAUGGCAGCUACUACUGUCAGUGUAAUCCUGGCUUUCACGUGAAUUCAGAAUCUAGAACCUUCACUGGCAUUGACGGAGUGUGUCGUGAUAUCAACGAGUGCUUAGAGACCCCCAAUAUCUGCGGGCCCAAGGCCUCCUGCCAGAACACCGCUGGGUCCUACAACUGCACCUGCUCUGAGGGCUACAUCUCCAGCAACGGCCAGAGAGUUUUUCACAAUGCCACAGGAGUCACCUGUGCAGAGCUGAAGAGUGACCUGUACAAAACCUCAGGUUCACCUGACCAGGAUACGUUCCAGCUGCAGGUGAUCACCUGGGUGGGGCUGUCGGUGUCUCUGGUGUGCCUCCUGCUGUGCAUCGUUACCUUCCCCUUUUGCCGGUCCAUUCAAGGAACUCUCAACUUCAUCCACAUCCACCUGUGCAUCUGCCUCUUCAUCGCCGACCUGGUCUUCCUCGCUGGCAUCUCUCGCACCGAGGACAAGGUGGGCUGUGCGAUUGUGGCAGGGGUCCUGCAUUACUUCUUCCUGGCAGCGUUCUGCCUGACGUUGCUGGAGGGGGUUCAGCUGUACUGCAUGGUGGUUCUGGUGUUCAACACCACACUGCGGCCGCUCGUCACGAUCACCAUCGGAUACGUCGUUCCCGCGGUGAUCGUUACCGCCAGCGCCCAGGGAUACGGCACAGACAGGCACUGCUGGCUGAACCUGGAGAAUGGGUUCAUCUGGAGAUUCUUUGGACCUGUCUGCAUCAUCAUCAUCAUCAACGGCAUGUUCUUCGUCGUCACUGUGUGGAAGCUGGCCCAGAAAUUCUACUGCCUCAAUUCAGACAUGUGUACCCUGCGCAAGAUCAAGUGA